UUCCCCCCUCACCACCUCCCCUCCCAGUCUGGCUCGAUCUCGCUAUCCACCAUGUCCCGACCGACGGGCAGUGAGGAGCGUUGGAAAUGUUGGGAAUUCUCCGGGAUCAGCCGGCAGGAGCUGGUGUUGGCGGAGGCCCUCCAGAUGGAGUACGACGCUCUCUCGCGGCUCAGGCAGGACAGCGAGCACCCCCGGCAGGAGCCCAAGGACAAACACCUGCCCGGAGUCCAGCUCAUCUCCUUCGACACCCACCCGGUGGAUUAUGGUCAAUCGCGCAACGACAGAAACUGUGUGCUGGGGUCUCUCGGGACACCCGGCCCAGACCCCAGCAAGGCCUCCGCUCCGUCAACCCGGGGGGUGGCUUGUUCCUCAUCUACCUCCAUCCCAGGACCCCCGGACCACCCGAGUCAACAAAGCUCUGAUUACUACCCUCUGUGGAAGGACCUGAUCCCCACUGACGUCAGCGUCAGCCCAGCCCCCCAACGUCCCUCUGGCCCGGACCCCCUCCCCAGGGCGGGCGAGACGUCCUGCCAGCCUGGGGGGGAUUUCGCCGUCAUCGACCGCAUCCCACCCGUGCCUCCGCGAGCCCCCCUGAGCUCGGGCCGCAGCAGCAACACCAGCAGCAGCAACACACCAACGGACCCUUGGUCUAAGACCCUCACCGGCGACCACCUGGAAAAGCGGACCCCCCCCAAUGAGAUCAACCUAUUCUCCUCCAGCGGAGACUCCAACAGCAAGAUCCCUGAAGCCCCCAGCAUCUACUCCGAGGAGAGCUUCGACCUCAUGGACUACGACGAUGUGAACGACGCCAUCACUAAGCUGAACCUCAUGUCCACCUACGGCGAGGGCUCCAAGCUGAUCCGCGUGGGCAGCAUCAGCCCCAACUCCAUCCACAAGGGGCUGGAGCGCAAGCGGGAGGCAGUGGGCAAGCCCGUUAGCCGCAGCAAGACCCUGCCUCCCCAGGUGCCGCCCCGCACCUACAUGGCCCGUCACGGCAACCAGAACAACGCCCUACACCAGGGCAAGGGCAGGCGGGUGUCUGCCGACCCUGCGAGACCUCUCGGAACCUUACGGCAGAACGGAAGCUACGAGCUGUUCGAGGUGUCGGAGGAGAGGAACGAGGAGGUCGCCGCCUUCUGUCACAUGCUGGACUUGCUGCGAAGCGCGUAUCACAACGAGGGUCCGGAGAACACAGGCUUGAUCUGGAGCCCGGCCCUGGUCCAAAAUGACCAGCACAGAGCCGGGGUCAGUCUGAAGGUCACCGUCAGCUCCAGGAGCCUAUCGGAGCCACUCACCUUCACCUGCGACAGCGGCUCCACCGUGGACCUGAUCGUGUACCACGCGCUCUGCUACAUCCACGACAGCCUCCGCGGGAUAGACGUGAAUCACUUUGUCCUGAAGCUGUGCGGCCUGGAGGAGUUCCUGCACAAUAAACAAACACUGGGAAGCCACCAGUACAUCCAUUUUUGCCGCAAGUUUGAGGUGGACAUUAAGCUGCAGCUGCUGGAACUUCAGACCAUCAGCCGGAGCCUGAGCCGCACAAUCAUCGAUGACCAAAAUCCUUCCUCCCUCAACCAUUAUAUCCACCUGCAGGAGAGACCACUGAAACAGACUGUCACCAGACAAGCUCUCAGCCUCCUGUUCGACACCUACCACAACGAGGUGGACGCUUUCCUGCUGGCAGAGGCUGACUAUUCACACCAGGCUGAGCGGGUGGUCCAAUCUGUGAUGGCCAUUUGCAGCACGCUGGCCCUCGUGGAGACCAAGGAGAUAACCAACGCCUUGAACCAGCUUCCGCCCUGCCCCUCCCGGCUCCACCCCAGGAUACAGAAGGACCCCAAUGCUCUGUCGAGAAGGGAGGCCCGAGCGAAGAUAGUGGAGUCGCUGACUGCCGCCAUCUUGGAGCUGGUAGAGCUUUACUGUAGCAGCUUCAACGCAGACUUCCACACGGGGCUGCAAGGCAACCGCAAGCACUCCCCCACCCAGAGCGCCUGCCAGGUGGACAACCCGCUCAACUUCACCAUCUACGCUGCUCAUCGCAUUCCCAUCUCAUGGGCUACCAGUUAUGAAGAUUUUUACUUGUCGUGCUCACUCAGCCAUGGAGGAAAGGAACUCUGUAACCAACUCCAGACUAAGAAAGCUCACGUCUACAAAUACCUCUUCCACCUGCUUAUUUGGGACCAGAAUAUCUGUUUCCCCAUUAACGUGAACCAGCUGCCGAGGGAGACCCUGUUGACGGUGUCGCUCUUCGCCUUCCCGUUGCCGCCUCCCGGCAGCUCGUCGGAGGGGAACAAGCAGCGGCGAGCGGCCGAGACCAUGGGCUGGGUCACCAUGCCUCUCUUCAACUUCAGACAGGUGUUGACGUGUGGACGGAGGCUCCUUGGGCUGUGGGGUGCCAGCCAAGGCAUGAUCCUCACCAGGUCCAGUGCCUCCAACUUCACCCAACCAGACAGCGUCAUCCUACAGAUCGAUUUCCCCACCUCUGCGUUCGAGGUCAAGUUCACAACCCCUGCACCGGCCACGUUCAGCCCGAAGUACGACUUCAACAGCCUGGACAGCGUGUCGCGGAAGAACCUGAAGGAGGUGAUGCAGAAGAAGUCUCUCUUCUGGCUGAACGAAGCAGAUAAGAAGUUGCUGUGGGAGAAACGUUACUAUUGUCACUCGGAGAGCAGCUGUCUGCCCCUGGUGCUCGCCAGUGCCCCCAGUUGGGAGUGGGCCUGCCUCCCUGACAUCUACAUGCUACUGGAGCAGUGGCGAUGCCUCACCCACCUGGACGCCUUGGGGCUGCUCCACGCCACGUUCCCUGAUCAGAGGUUGCGACACACAGCCGUGCAGUGGAUGGAGACCAUGUCUGGGUCCGAGCUGGUGGAUUUCCUGCCUCAGUUGGUUCAAGCUGUGAAGUACGAGUGUUACCUGGACAGCCCUCUGGUUCGCUUCCUCUUGAGACGAGCCAUCUGUGACGUGAAAAUUGCCCACCAUAUAUACUGGUUGCUGAAGGACGCGUUGAAGGACUCGGAGUUCAGUGCCCGUUACCAGCACGUGCUCGGGGCCCUGCUGUGCUGCGUGGGGAAGGGCCUGCGGGAGGAGUUCGACAAACAGACCAAACUGGUCCAGAUCCUGGCCAAAGUGGCGCAGCGGGUCCGUGACUCAGCUCUCUCCUCACGCCAGGCCGUGUUACGUGAGAAUAUGGAGGAGAUCCAACAUUUCUUCAAGGUCCAGAACCAUUGCCGUUUGCCUUUGAACCCGAGCCUCCUGGCUACAGGGGUCAAUUUGCGGGAUUGCUCUUUCUUCAAUUCCAACGCGGUGCCUCUGAAAAUCUCCUUCAUCAACGGAGACUCCAAUGGGGACAACAUUAAUGUCAUUUUUAAGACUGGAGAUGACUUGCGGCAGGACAUGUUGACCCUUCAGAUGAUCCACAUCAUGAACAAGAUCUGGCUUCAGGAAGGCCUGGACAUGCGCAUGAUCUUCUUCAAGUGCACGUCGACUGGAUGUGAUCGGGGGAUGGUCGAGAUGAUUCCGAACGCGGAAACCCUACGGAAAAUCCAGGUGGAGCACGGAGUGACGGGGUCCUUUAAAGACCACCCCCUGGCGGAGUGGCUGCAGAAGCACAAUGCCAGCGAGGAGGAAUAUGAGAAGGCUGUGGAGAACUUUAUCUUCUCGUGUGCCGGCUGCUGUGUGGCCACCUAUGUUCUCGGCAUCUGUGACCGACACAACGACAACAUCAUGCUGAAGACCAGCGGUCACAUGUUCCACAUCGACUUUGGCAAAUUCCUCGGCCACGCCCAGAUGCUGGGGAACUUUAAGAGGGAUCGAGCUCCCUUCGUCUUCACCUCGGACAUGGCGUAUGUCAUCAACGGGGGCGACAAGCCCUCCAGCCGCUUCCACGACUUUGUGGACCUGUGCUGCCAGGCCUAUAACCUGCUCCGCAAACACACGGACCUCUUCCUCAACCUCCUGGGGCUGAUGCUUUCCUGCGGGAUCCCAGAGUUGUCCGACGUCCAGGACUUGAGAUACGUCUAUGAUACCCUAAGACCUCAGGACUCGGAAUCCCACGCCACCACCUACUUCACAAGGCUGAUCGAGUCCAGUCUGGGCAGUGUGGCUACCAAACUCAACUUCUUCUUCCACAACUUGGCUCAGAUGAAGUUCGUCGGCACCGACGAUCGGCCCACCUUGUCCUUUGCCCCAAAAACCCACACUCUGAAGAGCGACGGCAAAAUCAAGAUGCUGUUUGUGUGUCACUAUCAGAAGAUAUUCAACCCCAUCAAAGGAUAUACAUUUGUUGUGAAAGUGGACCGGGAGGGUCAGCACGAGGCCACCUUCGUCCUCAGGACCUUUGAGGAGUUCCACGAGCUGCACAACAGGCUCCGGCUCAUGUUCCCGGCCUCCAAACUGCCGAGUUUCCCCAGCCGGUUCGUGCUUGGACGCUCGCGGGGCGAGGCAAUGGCUGACAGGCGUAAAGAGGAGCUGAACGGUUACGUCUGGCAUUUAAUAAACUGCCCCCCAGAGGUCGCUGAGUGUGACCUGGUCUACACUUUCUUCCACCAACUCCCGAAGGAUGACAAAUCAGGAAACACCAGCUCGCUGCCAAAAGCAACAGACGUGCCUCCAACUCCACCGAUGGGCAAAGUGGGCGGGGAGGUAAAACUCUCUAUCUCGUACAAGAACGACACCCUCUUUAUCAUGGUGAUGCACAUUCGAGGUCUGGUUCUGCAGGAUGGGAAGGACCCAGAUCCUUAUGUCAAAAUCUACCUACUCCCAGACCCUCAGAAAACCAGCAAGCGGAAGACAAAGAUGGCACGAAAGACUUGCAACCCGACGUACAAUGAAAUGUUGGUGUACGGUGGGAUCCCGAGAGGAGACGUCCAGCAGAGGACCAUCCACCUACGUGUACUGAGCGAGGAGGCAUUCAGGGAGAACUUCAUGCUGGGCGAGGUGUUCAUUAAGCUCAAGGACUUUGACCUGAACCUCGAAGCGGUCAGCUGGUAUCACCUGGGAUCGACUACCUCACAGGGGACUUUGAUCUGAACAUUCUGGGGCUACGCCAGCCCCUUAGGACUCUUCGAUGACCGAAGAUGAAGUCGAGUCGUGGGUGGGUGGUGAAUCGAAAUGACAAAAGAUGACCACUUUUUUUUUAAACAAAAAAGAAAAUGUUUUGGAUUCGUCGAUGACGAGAUGAGACUGUUUCAAGGGUCUUGACUUUCGGGCCUGUUUAUUCCUGGAAACGUGUUUUAACGACACACACGACAACAACAACAAAAACACUUAAAAACCCUCAAUCUGGAGGACCAAUAAGGCAUGAUGUUGCAUGCGCUGAGAGAUGCAAUCAGUUUGCUCCCAAGUUGUGUAUUAUUACACUAUGAAACGUGAAGGUAAAGGUUUCGUGCUGUCUAUAUGCUUUUUUUUUAAAAAAGAAAAAAAAGAAGGAAAAAAACCCAAAACGUGUGGUUUUUUUCGUGUUGUAACGAACAUUUUGUUGCCCGAUUUUUUUUAGGUUUGUAUUUUGCACUCAAACGCAAAGACUGAAGCAAGCCAAACAAACCGGGUGGCGGGGGGGGAGGAAUCGAUCGAAAGCUUGAGUGAGAACGUCCAUUGAGUGAGUGAGUGAGUGAUGGGAGAUCAAGGGCGUACAGAGAUCACUUAGUCAAGAAUUUAGGAGGUCUCCUCUGAGACAAAUUGAUUUCAGACCCUCUGCUGUGUGUGUGUGUGUGUGUGUAAGUGUGUCUGGGGGAGAGCGAGGUGUUUGGAUUAAAUUGUGUUGCAAUGAAUUGUCUAGUUGAAUUGCUUGCAUUAAGCUAAAGCCCUCCCCCAAAACCUUGCACCAUCUCUGGUAAAUUCUUAUUUGUUGGGGGGAGACCAAGGUUGGAUGGGUGAGUGGGUUGGCAGCAGCUCAAUUAGGGAUUGUAUCUGGGAUGUCCAGUGAGCCGUGCACCAUCUCCAUCCAGAAACCUUGCUCAGUUUAGCAAAGUCAUCUGAUCGGCAAGGCAGGAACAUUAAUGGUUAACUGGGGAACACUCUGCCCCGUCGCGCUGAACGGUCACUGAUGAACCUCUUCGGGGUCCAGUCGUUCCCCCAUUAAUCAGAACUAAAGUCAAUUCCUUGUUUUGUUGGGGGAGACAUCUGUGUGUGCCUCCCCCACUCUCUUUCCAUUUACUGACCUUGCUACUGCCUUUCUCAAUCCAUCCCCUACAUCCUUCAGUGCACGUGUGGUCACUGACUCAGCCUGCCCGCAGUCCUUCCCUCUAAUCCCACAUCACUUCUCAGUCAGGCGUGAGAAAGUCAUUGUAGUUAUGUGAAGACGAGGUCGCAGAUAUACAAACCUGUGUUCCUUCUCAAACGUACUUUGUGUUCCCACUUAAGAUAAGUUGCUGAUAACCCCCACUCCUGUCCACAGCCCUCACCAACCCCGGUGUUGAGGUUAGUUCUAUGCUGCUCUCUUCCUUCCCCUUUCCCCACACGCCCUUUUCUACCUUGGAUUGAAGGAGAAACCUUUGUGGAAAAACCCUUGCCGUGUUUCGGUUUAAACGUUGUACAUACGCCAGAAAGCAACUCGACCUACUGAAUUAAUUUUAUUAACUCCGUGGGCGCUGUUAUGUUCUGUAAAAUUUGUUCAUAGAUUGUUUUGGUCCCUAUUAAGUAAUCUCUGUUUGAUUGGCAGAGAAGAAAUGCUGUUGGAUAUUUAAAAAAAAAUAAAAAAAUGUACUUGAUGGUUUCCAA